AUUCAUGGGAUCGCCUCUGGCUGCAACAAAAAAGAACCGCGCGAGCAUGAUGGAUGGGGUAGAACAGGGCAUGUCUUACAUAGAUUGCCAUAAUCGAGGUGAAUGAAACCCAUGAUGAGCCGCCCGACUGGGUUGAGAACGUGUGUCCAAGACGCCCACGUUCACAGUGUAGAUUUGUCUUUCGCCUUCCAACUUUCUGUCUCUUCCUUACAUUGUCUUCCAUUGACUGCGCUUGAAGGAUGCGAUGGGCAUGGCCACAGGCAGUCGAAUAUGCUCGAGGAGUCACUUCUAGGCAUCAUCGCCUAUGGAGAGCAUUGUCUAGCUGGGUGCCUGCCUGACAGGAGUGGAAAGCUCUCUCAUCAUGUUUAUAUCCCACACAGAAUGCAUCGAGAAAUGAAAUCGACUUGGAUCAAAAUACCAAAAUUUGGGCAUUCUUGCGCACUGCCAUGUAGGAAAAACCAUGGCAAGCUCCUUUACUAUUUACCCCCCCAAAAAUCCUCUCCAUUUCAUGGAAACUUCUCUUCCUCAUCUCCACCGCCUUUCCACCCACGCCCUGCCUAACCCAGCAACCCUCCAAUGCAAAGAGAGUCAGGCCUUUUUCACGCAUAACAACCUCGGCAAGACACAUAACUGGGAAACAUGUACAUAGGUCAACAUAUACAUGAUGGUCAUGGCGUAAAUGAGACAAAGAAAAUUGUUCAUGGAAGAAAAGAAGAGCAAGAAGAAAAGAAAUAAGAAAUAAAGGACGAGAAUAAUAAAAAUAAAAAACGCCAACUGCGUGGUAUCUUCCCUUUAGGCGCAUCACAAAGCAGCCAGUAGGACAGAGUCUAGCGCAACUGCGACAGAGACCUUUCGAAAUAAAAGGCAAACGAAGAGG